AGCCAGACUUCCGCCCGUCUCCAUCUUCGACGAACUCAUCCUUCGCCGAUAACCUUGUCCAGUUCCGAGGUCGCUGCGUCUUCGGAUCGGAGCAACCCUGCCGACCUAACCAAGACCGAGCGCAACCGCGUGUCCCACUGCCUCGAGGACACAAUAUUAGAGAAUGGACGAGUCGUUAGAAACACAUUCGGGCUCUGACGCAGCUUUUGCUGCGUCCGCCGGCGGAGCUGCUCCUCCGUUCCUCUCGGGCUUGCUCGCCUCCGUCGAGACCAUCUCCCGGGCGACUUCUCCCGGUUUCCCCUGCGGCGAGCACCAGCACGAAGAUGACAAGAAGCGCUACCGGCCGCGCACCUUCAGCUACUAUUGUCUGCUGCCUUUCGACGUCGAGGAUGACUCGCAUAGGGACGCUGCUCUCCGCGGCAUUCUCAAAAAUCUUUUCAUCUCCAUCACUGCCGAAGACUUUUCGCCCGGUGCCCUCCACUGGACCCGCGAACUUCAAGGGUGGCUGAAUCUCAAGUUCGAGAUGACGCGAGAGCUGCGCGCUCGGCUAGCCCGCUUGUACUAUCAUCUUGCGCUGGCCCCGGGGCUCGACAGCAAUACGGCCGACCGGUUCUCCCGCAUGGUCAUCACGUUGACAAGGAAAAAGCACUACUUGAAGCCCGGCGAGGAUCUCACUCUCGACUGGCGGCCGCUUUGGACAGAGCUCAAGGCGCUGGUUUUGCCAUCGGAGAUGGCUUCCCAUCAGCGGUCGCGUAGGCGGUCAUCGAAGCACCUCGUGAAGCUUUGCCUCCACGCAAGCGCCUACUUUGAUCCCAAGGAGCGCCGCGCCGUGCUGGAGGAGCUUCUCCCAUAUUUCAGCACGUCGGCCAUGUCAAAUGCCUACAUCGUCGUCAGCGCCCUCAACGCCAUGUUGCCUACCGGCCCCGCCCCCCCUACCGAGCCCCAGUCCCAGCCAUCUGACUUUUUCCCGACCUUCUUCCACCUAUGGUCCCUCAUGACGAGGUCCAAGACCUUUGAUGUCUGCUUUAUCGACAUCUUCUCGCGCAUGUCCCGGGACUACCUCGGUUGCACCCACGUGCCUUUCACGGAGCAUGGCAUCUUCUCUCGUGAGCAGUCGGACCUCAUCUUCACGGCCAUCCUACGGUUGACCGAGAUUCCCGUCGGCCAGGCUACUUCCCCGUAUACCUCGCUGGAUUAUGCCGCCGGCUCGGGCGUUUUCCUGGAGAAGGAUACGAGAAAGUACCCGGUACCGUACAUGAUCGCACGGUGGAUUGCACAUUCCUUGUCUCCCCUCUGCCUCAAGCAAGAGAGCUCCAUCUUGGCGAACCUUGAGGGCCUGAUGGAGUCUAUCGACACCUUCUUCCACCCAUCCAAUCAAGGGUCAUGGACCGGUUUCUUAGCCCAGCUUACCUACUUUCUAACCGACAUCUUCGUGUCCCGCUGGAAUCGCGAACAGAGUGGCGAGCUCGAUGUACCCCCCGAGCGCCGAAUAAAUGACGAACUGAAGAAGCGCUUCGUCCUCGCCCUGAAGGAGGUGACCUUUAUGGGCCUUUUUGCGAAGAGUUCCAAGGUGGUGAACUGCUACUACUCCACCCUGCAAGGCCUCGCUUACCUUGAACCGGACCUGAUGCUUCCCGGCGCGCUACAGCGCUUCUACCCCAGCCUACAAGGGCUCGUCGAGGUCCAUCGGACGACGUCCAGUCUCUGCGGCCUCCAGAUGAUUGCCAACAUCAUGUCCAAGCAGAAGGGGUACCGUUGCCACAUCACCGCCUUGUUGGCGCUUGCCCUGCCCGGUAUUGAUGCGAACGAUUUGGGAAAGACGCUUUACACCCUCUACUUCAUCCAGAGUGUGGCUUACAGCAUUCCUUUUGUGCCGUUGGCCCACCAGGACGAUAAAAUCCACGAUACGAGCCUCGCCAUGAACUGGGUCCAGGCCGAGAUGGAGAGGAUGGAGCGCGAAGGGCAGGACGUCAAGAUCUGCUAUGACGAGGAGCUGACGGACGAGGACGAGGCCAAUGUUCUCCGCUCUUCGACUGCCGGGCUGGGCGAGUUCGUACUCGCUCUUUUGGGCAAAGUGUUUGCGUUGCUCGAGAACCUGCCGGAUCCGAGCCUCCUUCGCACGGGCUCGCCAGAGGAGAAUGUCAUCAACACCUUGCCGGCUGCGCUUACGCCCCUUUUCGCAUCACUAUCGCCGGAGCUCUUCGAUAUGGCACUUGAGAAGCUGGCCGCCUUCGUUAGCAGCCACGUUGUCCACCAAGCCCGGGAUGCGAUGGCAUGGAUUUGCAACGCCUUGUGCAAAGUCAACCCGGAGAAAACUAUGAAGGUUUUCAUCCCGAUGUUGAUGGUCAAUAUUCGCAACGAGAUCGAUUACAACGGCGCAGCGUCAGACCGCAGCAGCGGCACCGAGGUGCUUCCCCGGGAUCGCGCACUUGUCUGGCACGUGAGCAUGCUGAGCAUGUGCGUGGUCCACGUGGGCGCCGAGGUCGUGAAAUACAAAGACGAACUCUUUGGGAUUGCCGAGUAUAUGCAGGAGAAGUGUCGCGGACUGCCUACCAUUCACAUUUCCAACUACAUCCACCACCUCCUCCUGAACCUAACACACACUUACCCGAUCGACAACGCCCUCUACGAGCCCGACCACAUCGCUCGCGGCUUGGAUGUCCAUGACUGGGGUCGCACAACUGCCCCGUCCGAGCUCACCAUCAAGUGGCAUCGUCCCUCGCAGGCCGAGAUCCUGUUUGCGGUCGAGCUCUUCGAGAGCCAGGCCAGGAGCGCUGCUCAGAGGCUCGAGCAACUCAUGAGCGAAGAUCCGCCCGUCAGUAGGAAGGGCAAGAACAAGGAGUGGUCCGACGAGCUAUCACGGAGCUUGACCGCGCUUCGGCUGAUCAUCUCCGGUGUCGCCACUCUUUUCGAUCCACUCCACGCAUCUGGUGAGAGGAACGGCCAAGGUGCCAACCGGGAUGACAAGAAUGACGCGGAUGGCGAUACGAUGAUGAUGGAAGAGGACGAUGACCCCCUCGCUGAGGUUGCUGACGAUGACGAACUGAAACGACAAUUCCAUUACCCGGCCGGGUACUUGCUGAGCCCGGAAGAUCCGGUUUAUGAGCGCAUCCACGGCCUGCGUGAAGACGUUGGCAGGGUUCUCUCGCGCACGCACGCCUUCUUGAACGCAAGUCAAGAGGACGAUGUUGCGUGCUUUACCGCAUUGUACGCCACGUACAGGACGUGGAUUACGGAUGUGGGUAUUGAACGGUCUGCUCACCCGCUCGAACACCUUGUGCGUUUGUACAAGGCCGACAUUUCUCCGUUCAAGAUCAGCGGACUCCGAAAGGUUUACCCCCGGCCGCUGCUGAUAAAGCGCGCGGAUGCCUACCAGCUUCAGCGCGUCAAGUACAACUCGGCAUACCGCAAGAAGAGCGAACUCGACAAGCAGCUGCUGCUUGACCUUGCCGAAUCAUGUACCUCCUCAUACUCCGAUGUGCGCCGAGUAGCCCAGGGCGCCCAAGACUCGUCCCUCAAGGUCCUGCUCGGAGGAAGGCCGCUCGUCAUUCCCGUCGUCCUGGACAGAUUACGAAAGGCGCUGGAGGAGAACGACCAUGACCGCAUCAAGGGAGCCAUGUACACCCUGCUGUUCACAACCCUAAUCAAGACCGUCAUGCGAGACUGGCGCUUUGCGCCAGACCUCAUGCGCCUGUACAUCCAGACCGCCAGCGUUGAUAAGUCAUCGAUCCAAAACCUCGGGUCGUCCGCUCUUUUUCCUCUCCUCGAGUUUGGCAAACCGCUCGAGCGUAUCAUCAUUUUUGACCAAAAGAUCGUCGACACGAUCCGGCCUAGCGAAGACUGUUCGGCCACCAUCAGACGCCGCAACGACUUCAUCCAAGACCGCCGCACCAAGGUCGAGAAGAAGAAAGCCGCGCUCGGCCUGGAGCUAACUGAGAAGGCGCGCGAGUCUCACUGGAAGGUCGCAAACAGGUGCACCAUCUUUGCUCUGAACUGUACCCUGCGGUUUGACACUCUGGGCAAUGAGCAGUUCAUCGACCUCGUCGCCAACGGUGCCAACGACCAACAUCCCAGCCUGCGGUCGAAUUACCUCUCUGCCUUUUCUGCGCUUUUUACCGCCAUAGACAUGCGAGCAGUCUACGACCACGACUACAGGAACUACCUCACCGAGGAAGAGAAGGAUGAGAAUAAGUUCCAGAUGGCGGUGCCAACCGACGAUCCUGGCGUGACGGAGAAGUUCCUUGCCCAGUUUGAGAACCACGACGAGGUUAACUACUUCGUCGAUUGUGAUCACCCAGGCUGGCUCGUGUGGGGGAAGGACUUCAUCGUGUCCCGCGCGAAUCCGAAGCCGUUCCUGGAUUAUGACGAGGUCGAAACCCGGGUGCGCGAGCAGAUCGGAAAGAUCAUCACCAAAGAGUGGUUCAAGAAAUGCUUCGAGUACCUCAAGCAGGAACCGAGAGAUUCCUUUGCGGACCGCUUCCGCAUGCAAAACGUUGUAUUGCUUAUGAACGUGUUUGACCUAAUGCACAAUGGGAAAACGGCCGCCACGUUCGACGACAUUGUGGAGAUGGCCAAGGAGCUGUAUGGUGAUGGCAGCGACAAGCACCAGCACCGGGCGACUGCCGAGAUUCUCGGCGCGCUGCUUACGGGAAGUGCCGACGACCCGAAGGAAAUUCGGGACAAGGUAUGGGAGUUCGCGGCGCCGAUGAUGCUCAAGAUCAUUGCAGACGACUUGACGCCCGACAACCUGUCCUACUGGAUGGCGUGCCUCCACUUUAUAAUCGACGGCAAAGAUCCGCGACGAUCCCACGAGCUUACCGAAGCCUUAGCAUCAUUCCGGCUGGAUAUGGGCUCGAACGCCGCAUUCAAAGAGUCCUCCAAGCUUAAGCUCAUCGAAAUCAUCAUUAACGAUGCUGGCUGGCACUUCCGCAAGGAGAAGCCCAUCCUUGAGGACUGCCUCACUCAUAUCGACCACCCGUACAAGUCGGUGAGAGAGUCGAUCGGUAGAAUAGUCGCCACCGUCUAUCGCACCCGGUACCAUGAGUCUUUCAAGGAUGUCUCGACGCUGCUAGAGCAGAACAAGGCCGAAUCCCCGAUCGGCAUCCGGGCCUACCAACCAUCACAAGAAUUUACAGCCACCAUCAGAGACGUCUUCUCCCGCAUCGAGAAGUGGCGCCACCAGCGCACCCCGGGCCAACAAACCCCUUCUAGCUACACCUCCGGCUCCAAGACGCUUCUCACCUGGCUCGACAGCACGCUCUCGUCGCAAGAAUGCAUUCAGCUGGUCCCGUUCUUCCCAGACCCCUUUAUCGACCAGCUCCUGCAUAUGAUGGACGUCAAGGAGGACCCGGAACUGAUGAAACUCGCCUACCACGUCUACCGGCACCUGCCCAACAUCCCCUUCCGAUCGGGCGAGGACGAUGCCUUCAUCGCCGCGCUCAUCCGCGUCGGCAAAACGGCCGCGUCGUGGCACCAGCGCCUGCGCGCCCUCGUCAACAUGCAGGUCGUCUACUUCCGCCGCCUCUUCCUCACGCAGCCCGCCCAGCGCCAGAUGCUCUUCGACGCCGUCGGCGACAUGCUCGCCGACCCGCAGCUCGAGGUCCGCGACUGCGCGAGCGCCACCCUCGCCGGCAUGAUCCGCUGCUCGCCCGCCUCCCUCCGCAACCCCAUCAUCUACCAGCUCAAGGACCGCUUCGAGCUGCAGCUCCGCCUCAACCCCAUGCCCAAGCGCAAGGUCCCCGGCACCGACACCCCCGUCGACACCCAGAAGCAGAUCGUGCGCCGCCACGCCGCCGUCAUGGGCCUGGGCGCCCUCAUCGAGGCGUUCCCUUACGCUACGCCCCCGCCCAAGUGGAUGCCCGAGGUCCUGGCGGGCUUGGCCACGCGCGCGGCUAAUGACCCCGGUGUGGUGGGCAAGGCGACCAAGGCGAUCUUGGCGGAGUUCAAGAAGACGAGGCAGGAUAGUUGGGGGGUGGAUCAGAAGUAUUUCACGAGUGAACAGCUUGAGGACCUGGAGGGUGUGCUCUGGAAGAGCUAUUUCGCGUGAGGAAAGAAAGGGAAGUGGGCACGGGGUUUGCUGGUGGGCACGGGCCGGUGGCUGUGGGGAACGC